UCAUGAACAGACGGCAGCAGUAGAAGAAAGCGAAGGGUGAACCAGCCGGUUUCACUUCGCUGUCUUCCGUCACUACGGUCGUAUUGACAUUUCCAUUCUUUUAUAUACACACCACAUCUCUUCGGUGACAGAAACAAACAUGGAGAUAGAGAAGGAGGUGAAGAAGAUGACGCUCGGGCACGAAUUUGGAGCGGGAGCCGCCUGUUUAAAAUGCAAGGACAAGUGUGAAGGCUUCGAGCUGCAUUUCUGGAGGAAGAUUUGCAGGAACUGUAAAUGUGGACUGACAGAGCACAAUGUUCAGAUGAACACGGAGGAGAACAAGAAGGUGGGGAAGCUGUUCGAAGACACGAAGUACACUGGACUCAUCGCAAAGUUGAAGACAGAUGGCAUCCCCAGUUACCAGGGCAACAUGGUGACCAUCACCCUGCCCACUCCAGCCACUGCAUACGCAGUUACAGCCAGUGCUACUGCGAGCGUUGUCCCCCCUCCAGCUGGAACUGCUGCUGUGCAGCGUCCUGGGGCCUCAGUAGGUAACAGUCAGGCUCGUGCUGCAGGUGUGACACAGAGUCCCGGGGGUCAACCUGCCGGUACUGCCGCUGCCGGUACUGCCGCAGCAACACUGGGCCGUGGCCAAAAUGGGUCAGCUGGAGCGACACCAGGUGGCAGCCUCAGUCAGCCUGUAGCAGCCAGUGCAUCACCCUACAAGGCCAACAAAGUGCCAAUGUCUGUCAGCGUCACAUCAGCCAGCGCAGUCCCAGUACCCAAAGAUGUACCUAUGAAUUCUGUCACCUAUGAGUGGGCACCACCGGUGGCCAACAAGCACAUGGCAGUGCGCUACAUCCAGUUGCUUCCUCCAGAGAAGCGUCCUGUGGCAGGGUCAGAAGGAGCUGCGUACCGACGGCAACAGAUGGCCCGGCAGCUCCCAGAGCACGACCAGGACCCGUCCAAGUGCCACGAGUUGAGCCCCGCCGAGGUCAAGCAAAUGCAGCAAUAUGUCCGCAAGUACAAGGACGAGGCGCUCGGUAUUGGAGAUGUCCUGCUUCCCGAGGAGAUGGCUCAGGUGCAGGCAGCUGCAGCUGGAGGACCUGGAAAAGCUGGGCCUGGUGGUGGUAAAGCUGGAGCUGGAUCCGUUGCUGUGGCUGGAAGUGCUGGAUCUGUUCCUUUCAGUGGAUCUGUGGGCGCUACUGGAGCCGCUGGGCUUCCUGGAACAGGCCCACAGCGAACCUUCUCGUGUCAUCACUGCAAGCAGCCAAUGAGACUCGGCGAUCCGGCAGUUUACGCCGAGCGAGCCGGCUACGACAAGCUGUGGCACCCGGCGUGCUUCGUGUGCUGCACUUGUGGCGAGCUGCUGGUCGACAUGAUCUACUUCUGGAAGAAAGGGAAGCUCUACUGCGGCCGCCACUACGGCGACAGUGAGAAGCCUCGCUGUGCUGGCUGCGAUGAGCUGAUCUUCAGUAAUGAGUACACUCAGGCUGAGGGGCAGAACUGGCAUCUGAAGCACUUCUGCUGCUUCGAUUGUGACUGCAUCCUGGCUGGGGAGACCUAUGUGAUGGAGAAGGACAAGCCGGUGUGCACGACGUGCUACAUGAAGAACUAUGCUGUGAAAUGUGCCACGUGCCAGAAACCAGUAGAUCCAGAAGCUCAGAGGGUCUCGUACGGUGACUACCACUGGCAUGCUGAGCCCAGUUGUUUCAAGUGCUCCGGCUGUGACAAGUGUCUGGUGGGUCAGAGAUUCAUGGCGCUGAAGGGGUUCCUCGUCUGCUCUGUCGAGUGCAAGAAGAAACUCACCAGCUAGACUUUCUCAUCUGCACCUGGACUUGGGCAAGAACCACUUCUACUGAUGCUCAUUUCAAGUCUACAUUAGACUCUGCACUUCUGUUGUUACCUUAAAACACUGUAUUAUAAUAAAGAGGUGGGUCUCUGGGGCCCAUCCUCUCGACCAAUGUUUGGCUUUUAACUUCUGAACGCUGUUGUAUCAAGGAGCUUCAUGUGAGAUUUAUAGUGCAUUCUUUCUAAAUGAACUACUGAGAAUCAAGGUUUGCUGCGCAGAAAUAAUAAAGAGUACAAUUCUUUGUAACUUGGUUGAAUCACCGGCUGUUUUCUUGCAUUGCUGCUGCAAGCAUGAAGGCAUCUACAUAUGUCCUUAGUCUCAGGAGAACCCCCAGUUUGUAUUGUGUUUUUGGUGAAUUAAAACCUUUCCUUUAAACAAAUAAUGAGCAGAAGCCAAG